AUGAGCUCUAUUAUUGCCAAUUUGUUUAAAGUUCAAAGGAGAUCGGCAUCGUUUAGAGCGUCUCUGGUUGCUCCGUCUGUGACUUCCACAGUUGCAAGCAUUGCGCCAGUGAUAAAUCAUUGUCCGGAACAAGCUCAACUGAGGAGAAGACUGCCACAUAGAUGCGGCGCUUUGGGGGUAAAGAGAGGCAUGGUUCCAUUUUUUGACGAAGCUACCGGUAAUAGGGUGGCCGCCACAGUCCUCGAGCUCAAUAACGUCGAAGUCAUAAUGCACAGAACAAUGCAGCAAGAUGGCUAUAUUGCAUGUCAGGUGGGUUACGGAAAUAAACACCCUACAAAAGUGUCACGCCAAAUGUUAGGCCAUUUCGCAUCCAAAGUUGUCAACCCUAAGGAGAAGGUUGCUGAAUUUCGUGUAAAAUCCGAAUCGGGUUUAUUGCCCGUUGGAACCCUAAUCAAACCAUCAUUUUUUCAAACUGCGCAGUAUGUUGACCUGAGGUCGAUCAGCAAGGGUAAAGGCUUUGCUGGUGUCAUGAAACGCCAUAACUUCAAGGGUCUGAAGGCUUCCCAUGGUGUUUCUAUUUCGCAUAGAAAGGGUGGUUCCUAUGGUCAAAAUCAGACACCAGGUCGUGUCUUACCAGGCAAAAAAAUGCCUGGUCAUAUGGGUGUUCAACAAGUCACAAUCCAAAAUUCUCAGAUUUUGAAAGUUGACGACGAAAACGGGGUGGUAAUAGUAAAAGGUUCGGUGGCAGGUCCCAAUGGCGGUUACGUAAAGAUUCAGGAUGCGAUCAAGAAGGGUCCAAAAUUCACUGAGUAA